CACUGCUGGUCAGCGGUGCCGUCGGGGCUAAGAAGGGUCGGCCGGCCUCAUUGCCCCAGUUUUCUUUCAUACUCUCGAAACUCCUCCUGCUCUACGGCCCCAACCAGCCUCUUCUUCCCUACGCGAGAAGCGCGAUCCCGUUGAAACCACCGCAUUCGGCCAGACCAGACCAGACCAGACACACCCCUUUGUUAGACGCAAUGUCGACGGUAUUAUUCUCCCAAGGCCAGGAGCGCCGCCUACAAUCCCCUCCACUCGGCGCAUCCUCCCAUCACCAGGAUCCUUUGGUGUAUAUUGAUCGUCAAGCAAAACACCUUGAACGUAAUCUACAGGCUCUUAUCGACGCGCAAAGCGAAGGUCUCCUCGCUGGGCUCAAGGGGCCGGGAGAAGAUAGCUCCCUGUCCGGCGAGAGUCGUACUCCCAGCUCAGGGUUCAACAACGCAGAAGGUCCUUCAACAGUUCCGAUCAGACAACCCGCCGCCAAAAAGAUCAGCCUACGGGCAGCGCGGGAAGGGAUCUUUCGAUCCAUCUCCGACUUGCUGAAACUGAGAGAGGAGGAGCGAGAUGUACUCACCACUCGUGUCGAUGAACGACAAGAUGCGCUCCAACAGAUCGAUGUAUUUGACACCAAACGAGGCGGGUUAGAAGGGGCAAUAUCUACUAUACAUAAUGAUGGGGAAAGUCAACGCUCCAGGGAGCUGCGAGAUGAAGGCCACCAGCUUGAGUCGGACAUCCAUGAAAUGGAGACUCGGUUGUCACAAAUGAAGGCGAGACAGAGGCAGGUUACCCAAGAACUUUCGCAACUGGAGAAUAAAGUGGAAUCCAAGUUGUCGUCUUACCAAGCAUCCUUGGCCUUGCUGGAAUCCGACAUUCGCAAAUUCCUUCAGCACCCUCCGAUCCUACCCCAGCCAACUAACAAUGGCCGCCAAACAUUCUAUUCGUUGAAUCACAAACGUCGAACCCUUCACAUGGCUCAAGACCAUUGGACAGCGGAACAAACAAGAUUUCAAAAGCGUCAAAAUGAAGUCGAUGCCGAAAUAGAGGCACUUGAGGAGGGAGGUGGCUUGUGGAAGCGUGUCGUUAAAGAGGUCACGGGGUUUGAAAAAAGACUCAAGACCGCAAUGCACCGCUCCAUCACGAGGCAGUCCCAGCUCCUGGCGCCCGAUGGACCUUCUGGAAGCAGAUCCGAAGAUGAGCAGGCGCGGGUUAUCCUGGAUGAUCUGAGCAAUACAACAGACCGUGUGGAACAAUUCUUGGAACUGGCAGAUGAGAAAGACUGGAGACUCCUUGUUUGCUGCAUUGGGGCAGAACUUGAAGCACUACGGGAAGCAAGGGAAAUGCUGCUCGGCGUCUUCAACGUAUCUGAAGAAGAUCUGUGGCCGUCUUCUGAUCGAGAAGAGCCCCGGAAAAAUCGCCAUGACGAUGACAAUGACUCCCAAGCUGACCCUCUUGGUGUCGACAAUCCCGAGCCUCCUGCUGAUUUACUUAGGGAUGCGGAGGAUCAUUCGCACGAUGCAGUCUCUAGAUCCGGGGAUGACGAAGAUCCAGAUCCUGCCUGGCUUCUGCCUGAGUCCUGAUACAUAGUUUUCAUAGAAGGUAAAAGUAUCUUCUUUGAAGAUACACCAACGCAACGCGAAACAAUAUUGAUAAGCAUAGCGCGGGGUUAAUGGGAGACAUUAUUCUAUACUAAACAAUUCAUUACACUUAUUUCCAAAAC